GUAUGUUGUAAGUAUAGAUUAAAACUUUUUUCCUGUGAUACCACCUUUAUUUUUAAUUCUUCUUUUUUCAAUUCAAAAAGAAAAUUUAUAGAAGUGACACAGUCACCAAUGACAUAAUUUCGAUGGCUAUUUUCUGUUUUUUGUUACAAAAUAUUUGAUUGUUUUACGUGUUAAAGUGGGCGUCAUGGGGAAGUUUACCAAAGCUGGGGAGAUUUCCCCGAAUUUGAGCGCGACUACUUUGCUGGUCAGCGUCGAGGACCUGAUCAAUAUGGCCAUGGGGCCUGAUGACAAAAACACCGUCAAUUAUAAACUCAUUCAAACUGUUCUACACAUUUUGGCGAGGCAGAUGAGAUUGCUCGAACAAAAAGUAGAAAUAAGGGUCACAGAGUAUAUCACGCAGAGAGAAAAGGAGAAGAAAGAUGCGGAGGAGGCAAAAGAAGAAAGAGACCGCGCUAGAGCUGCAAGACCUGUAUCCAGAGACAGGUUAAAGUCUAAACCUUCUUCUGCUACAAGAGCGGCGAAGGAGGCUAAAGAAAGGGAGAGACAUUUGAAAGAAACGGAAAGGCAAUUUCGAGCAGCUGAAAGGGAGAAAUUAGGUAUUGAAAAAACUUUACAAAAGGCUAAGGAAAAAGAAGAAAAGGCUGCAGCGAAACAAUCGGCUAAAGAAGACAGAGAAGAAUCUAGAGAACGCGAUAAAGCUGCCAGAGAAAAGGAGAAAGAAGAGCGGGCGGCGUCCAAGGAUAGGGAUAGGGCGGAGAAAGCGUCAAUUAGAGAAAGGGAGAGAGAACAAAGAGCUGUGUCUAAAGAGAGGGAAAAGGCGGAAAGAGCGUUAGGUAAGGAAUUGGAGAAAAAAGAAAGAGCCGCUUUAAAGGAGAGAGACCGGGAGGAAAGGGCUGCAGCCAGGGAAAAGGAGAAGGAAGAGAGAGCUGCGUCAAAAGAGAGGGAUAAAGCGGAAAAGGUUGCUGAGAGAGAGAAGGAAAAAGAAGAUAGAGCCGCAUCUAAAGACCGGGAAAGAGCGGAAAGGGCUUCAGCCCGAGAUAAGGAGAAGGACGAGAGAGCCUCCUCUAAAGAAAGAGAGAGAGCAGAGAAGGCCGCAGCUAAAGAUAGGGAACGGGAAGAAAGAGAAACUUCCAAAGAAAGGGACAAAGCUGAAAAAGCUGCUGCCAAAGAUAAAGAGAGGGAAGAGAAAGCAUUAUCAAAAGAAAGGGAAAAAGCAGAAAAGUCUGCUGCCAAAGAUAGGGAGAGAGAAGAGAGAGCCACAUCUAAAGAAAGGGAAAAGGCAGAAAAAGCAGCAGCUAAAGACAAGGAGAAGGAAGAAAAAGCCGCUACAAAGGAUAAAGAAAGAGCGGAGAAAGCUGCAGCUAAAGACAGAGAUAGAGAAGAGAGGGCUACAUCAAAAGAAAGGGAUAAGGCGGAAAAAUCUGCAGUCAAAGAUAGGGAAAAGGAAGAGAGAGCUGCUUCAAAGGAUAGGGAAAAAGCGGAAAGAACUUCAGCCAAAGACAGGGACAGGGAAGAGAGAGCCACGUCCAAAGAAAGGGAAAGGGCGGAAAGAGCUGCGGAAAAAGAUCAGCGAAAAGCUGCUGCCAAAGACAGAGACAGGGACGAAAGGGCCACGGAUAAAACUGAAAGGGCAGAGUCGAGAGAUAGAGAUAGGGCGGAGCGUGCAGCGGCGAAAGAAGAACACGCAGAACGGUCAGCAGCCAGGGAACGGGAGAGAGAAGAGAAAGCCAGAGCCAAAGAAGAAAGAGCAACAUCAAAGGAGAGAGACAGAGAAAUGAAAGAAGCAGCUAGAGCUGAAAGAGAACAUGAGAGAGCUGAACGGGCGGAAGAAAAGGAGAAACACAGAGCCGAUAAAGAACGCGAAAAGGCGGAGCGGGAGGAAGACAAAGCAAGGUCUAGAGCUGAAAAGGCUGAAAGAGCUGAUGAAAAAGAAAAGUCCAGAGCUGAGAGAGAACGCGAAAAAGCUGAAAGGGAAGAAGAAAAAGAGAAAUCAAGAGCUGAGAAAGAACGUGAAAGGGCUGAAAGGGCAGACGAAAAAGAAAAAUCCAAAGCUGAAAAAGAGCGUGAAAAGGCUGAAAGGGCAGAUGAAAAAGAAAAAUCCAAGGCUGAAAAAGAGCGCGAAAGAGCCGAACGGGAAGAUGAAAAAGCGAAAUCCAAGGCUGAAAAAGAGCGCGAAAAGGCUGAAAGGGCUGAAGAAAAAGAAAAAUCCAAAGCUGAAAAAGAGCGUGAAAAGGCUGAAAGGGCAGAUGAAAAAGAAAAAUCCAAGGCUGAAAAAGAGCGCGAAAGAGCCGAACGGGAAGAUGAAAAAGCGAAAUCCAAGGCUGAAAAAGAGCGCGAAAGAGCCGAACGGGAAGAUGAAAAAGCGAAAUCCAAGGCUGAAAAAGAGCGCGAAAAGGCUGAAAGGGCUGAAGAAAAAGAAAAAUACAAAGCUGAAAAGGAGAUGACAAAGGCUGAAAAAGCUGUGGCUAAGGAACAGGAAAGGGCAGAACGUGAGAUUGCUGAGAGGGAAGCGAAAGAAAAGAGAAGAAAGGCCAGCGUCUCAGUUACAGAAGACGAUCGCGGAAAAGAGAAGGUUUUAGUUGUUGAGAAAGGGCCUACCACUCGACCUGAAAAAUCUGCAGCAUAUGGCGCGCGCUCCAACAUAGAAGUGGUGACGCGUUCCCAGUUCGACCUCCUGAAGGAACUAGUCAGCGACCUGGCGGAGAAGGCUGGUCCCCUGCCGAUGCCCUCCAUGCCACAGAACAAGGAGUUGCUGAGGAAGUUGUCGAAAGGCACGGCCUCGCUCACAGACAUGAUGGAUGCAAUGCAGGUAGGUGCACGUGUUGUGGCCGCAGAGCAGGCCAUCGGUCGGAUGGGCGGCAUCCUCACUCAGCUGGCGACGGCUGGAGCACUCCCCGAGGACAUCGCUGGACAGGUUGGAGAGGUGACUGAGGGAUUGGAAACAGAUAUGAUGGAAGCUGACGCGCGAGCCGAGGAGGCUGCUGCAAAAGCUGAUACCCAAAGCGGAGUGUCAAGUAAAACACGCACCUCCGUGUCUCGCAAGUCUAUAAUUUCCACGAAGAGUAGGCUCAGUCAGUCGGCUCCUUCAGGCCGGCCCAGCACUGCCGCUUCCGUCGCGACUGCUGUCUCAAAGGCUUCUACCCUCGCUAGACCUGCGAAGGUCACCCAUCCAGAGCUGGACAAUGCUGUGAAAACCCUGAAGGAUGACCUGGCUAAGAGCAUGGCUUUACUAACAGCGAAGUCGUCUGCUGCGGUCGAGAGUUCUUUGACCAUGGUGAAAGCUGUUGCCGAAAAAUUAGACACGGCAGUAAAGUUGAACAGCAGGAUAUCGACCCUGUACUCCAUGGUGACUGAUUACGCUGAACAACUCAGCGGAUUCGACGCCGGCCUUACCACUCAGAUGCAAGGUUUCUCCGAGCAGAUGCUGCAGAUGCGGGUGGACCUGCAGGCGGGGCUGAAGCUGUUGGACACUGUCAACAAUAACGCCGAAACUGCUGCGGUGAUGGAGCUUACGGAGAGGUACCAGGGCCUGGUGAUGGAACUUGAUCAUACACUGCACGCCCACUCGGAUCUGAACGUCAACCAGGACCGACUCGGGGAAGACCUGAGGGGAUUGAUCGAAGCUGUGGAAAUGCUCAGAGAACAAAAAGCGGACCGGGAUGAAGUGCAAGAUGGACUCCGGGAUAAGGCUGACAACUCGAGACUGGCGGGUUUGCUGACGGAACAAGAGUUCGCGGCGUCCAGGGCCGAGCUGGAGCGGAGACUCGCCGUCUGUCACGACAAGUUCCACCGGCAGGACGGAGUCUGGAUGAAAGCUGUCAAAGAGUUGAAGGAGCUUACAGACGUGAAGGCUGACCUGGUCUACCUGUUGGGGACUAAGGAGGAGGCCCAGAGGGGGUUGGACAUGCUGCACGAGAUGUGCAGGAAACUGGCCGAGGUGUUGGGAGAGCCUAAGGCCGCAGUCCUGACCCGCAAGAUGGCGCGCGGGGCGACCUGCGCGGCGUGCAUGGUGCCGGCGCUGAUGGAGCUGCGGGACGCGAACGCGGGCGCCCCGCCGCGCCUGCCCGCCGCGCGCCCGCGCCCCGCCGGAGCGCCCGCCGCCGAGGAGCCCUGCGAGCGGUUCCAGCUACCUCCGCCGCCGGAUGAUAGACAGCACAUUUGCAAUCGCUGGGUGGGCGGUUCCCAUACGCUGCUCUCUGAUGCUGUCACUCGUCUCCACGCCCAGCCCAUGACCUACACAGCUGUACCCACCAGCAGGUUCACGGGAUACGGCAAUGAUGGACGGUUGUACAUGAUGGAGGAGGAAUUGCAGCCUUGCUUGGAAUGCAACAGGCUGUCGGAUGACGUUGAAGGAGCCCCCGUCACUUAA